CACAGGGGACCUGAUCAAGGUCACCCAGAUUUGCCUCAAGAAUGUGGUCUGCGAGAACCCAGGGACCCGGCAGACCAUGGAGCUCACCCCCAACUUCCAGGGCUCCUUCACCCCCCUGGCUGGCCCCCAGAGCUAUGGAACCCUGGAGGAGCUGGUUUCUGCUGCCACCCAGAACUCCUCACAGCUGCCCAUUGACUUCAUGUCAACCCACAGCAUCACCACGGAGGCCAGGGUGGUGCCGGGGGACCAGCCUCUCACACUCGAGGCCACGGAAACGCACUCCGGGAUCUGUUACGCCCGCUGUGUGCUGAACACGCAGAAGCAGGGGGUCGUGGUGUACCUGCCCCUGUCCCAGAGGGGGCCGUUCUGGAGAUGGGAACCUGGUGCCCCACGGACUCUGCUCGAGGCCCUGCAGGACCCGGCCCUGAGUGACCGCCUUUUCACCUGCCCAACCCUCCCCUGGCGCUCCCUGAUCCUGAGGCCCCAGUAUGAGAUCCACGCCAUCAUGCACAUGCGCAGAACCAUGGUAAAGAUCCCGUCCACCCUGGAGGUUGAUGUAGAGGAUGUCACCGCUUCCUCUCAACACAUCCACUUCAUUAAGCCUCUGAUGCUGAGUGAGAUUCUAGCCCAGGGAGGCCCCUUCCCCCUGUCUACGGAGAUCCUGGAAGUCCCCGACGGCCCCCCCAUCUUCCUCAGCCCAUGGGUGAGCUCCUUACACAAAGGCCAGAGAAUGUGCAUCCAUGGGCCGGCCUUACCACCCUGGCGGAUCUUGGCUUCAACCAAGGGCAGGAAGGUGCCCAGACACUUCAUGCUCUCAGGGGCCUACCAGGGCAGGAUGCGGCGGCGGCCGCGGGAUUUCCCCACGGCCUAUGACCUGCUGGGUGCUCUCCAGCCAGGCAGAAAGCUCCGGGUGGUGGCCACCAAGGACUGUGAAGAGAUGGACACUGAGUUCACAUCCCUGGCCAUGGGUGACAGACUGGAGGUGCUGGGAUCUGGCCAGGCCUGCGGGGCACACGGCACAGACAUAGAUGUCUUGGUGUGUCAGCGGCUUGAUGACCAGGAUGAGGAGGCAGAUUAUGAAGAGAUGGAGGAGGACCAAGAGCGGAUUCUGGUGCCCCUCUACUACCCUGGCGGCUUCGUGGAGGAGAUGAAUGAUGGCCGGCGCUACAGCCUGGUGGACCUGACUGCCCACUUCUCAUUGCCUUGUGAGGUCAAGGUGGUGACCAAGGACGUCAACCAGCCCGCUGACCCUCUCCCGUCAUUCCUGGGCCUGCGGCUGGAGGAGAAGAUCACAGAACCUUUCUUAGUGGUCAGCCUGGACACUGAGCCCGGGAUGUGUUUCGAGAUCCCGCCGCGGUGGCUGGACCUGACCGUGGUGGCGACUGGGGAGCCGCAGGGCCAGCUGGGGGGGUCUGUCCCCAGAGCCACAGUGCAUGAGCUGACCGAUGCCUUCUACUAUCGCCUUCGGAAGUUACCUGUCCUCAAGAACCAGGAGCCCCCACCUAGGCCCCCGAAGAAUAAGGGCCCCACGGAGCAGAAGAAACAGACUCAUCAGGAGAGCGGCGCCAAGGUGCCUUCUUCUCAAGUCGUGGAACCACAACCCCCUCAGCUACCCACACCCAAGGUGAAGACCUUGCCAGAGCUCGCCAAGGACAGAUCAAAAGUGUACAGCAAGAUCCCUAGCCACAGGAACCUCAAGCAAGCAAAGGCCCACGCCAAGGGCGCAGAUGCGGGUGACCACAACUAUGAAGAAGUGUCUGAGUACUUUCAGAAGACCCUGUAGGUGCUGGAGGAGCCACGCCUCUUACCUGCUGCUUCUCAGGGAAUCCCAGCCACCAGCCAUCCGCUGCCGGCCUUCAGCAAUCUUGCACGAGGUCUCAGAGACUAGACUGUGGACAGCAAGUGGUACUGUGGGUGGGCACUGCACUGGCCUCCCGUAGGUGUGAGGUUCUUGCCCCUGAGAGCUGCUUCUUUGGAGCCAGCACCUGAUAGCUCAGAGCUCUGGUGUCCAGAGGAGACACUGGGUCCUACCCAAUCCUGAGUCCAGGGUUCCCCUGGCCGGAACACAAAGGAACAAAGAGACCACCCACGAGUGCCUCGUGCCUCCUAGCGAUGGGACUAUCCUGACCCCACCACCCCAAGAGCCCUUGUAGUCAGCCAGCCCCUCCCCGCCAGGCGCUGGGCCUCUGGGUCCGGAACUGUCUUCCUCGUCUCCGCAGCACUCAGUACCUGACAGCUGUAGUGACUGUCCAGGAGGACGUCACCGUAAAACCACAGAAUAAAAGUGACAUCUGCGCCUCUGGGAAAUGAAGAGCGGUCACUAGGCUCUGUGUGCAGAUGCUCUACUCUGAGGCGGACCCGGGUCUUAUUUUAAGUUAGGAAACAUGCUUGAGCUUCCGAGUGCUUUAGGCGCAGACCAGGCAUGAGCCUGGGAUCCCAGUUAUAAGCAAGUUUACUUAACCUCUCAAAGCUUCAGUUUCUUCCCAGAUAAAAUGAAACCAAGCUACCUCACGGGCUUGUUUUAAGGGUCAAAUGAGAUAAGCUUGGUAAAGCAGUUAGCACAGUACCUGGCACACAGUAUCAAUAAACGUGUCAGUGUUGUUCUUGUUGGCCGGGGUCACGCAGCUGUGCCUGUCUCCACACCGAUCCUCUUCCCACACGCCUGCACCCUCUGCCAUGCCAGGGCUUCAGUGUAUGAGACUGUGGACAGCCCAGUGACAGGCUGGAGAACCUGACCACUUAGUGGGAUGGAAGUAACACAACAAAACAAGUCUGUGUUUAUACAGAGACUAAAUCAGCUUUGAGGUCAGCCCGUGCCUGCUCAAUGAGGUAACACCACAGGCCUCAUUUCCUGGAAGUGGCGGGACUCUGGUUUCCCGGGUUGUACAGUCAUGGAACUAAUUACUUGGGUUGUCAAAGGUAAGAGAAAAUAAGAUGAUCUGAGUUAGCAGCUGAGGUAGGGCUGGAAGAGACACAUUUCCAGAGCUGGAGUCAAGACACUGCACCUGGGUGUGUCCUUCCUUUGCCUGCCGACACCCCUCCAGAGGCCCUGUCCUUCCCGGGCCUCCUGGCCUCCAUGCCCCUGGACACACUUCUCCAGACUGCUACUGAGCAGCUACCACAGGCUGUCAGGCCAGUGCCCAGCACCCCAUCUUCACAUUUCCACGCCAUUCUCAAAGAUAAUCUAAUCUGUACAGGACAACCCCAAGGCAGAGUACUCUGGGACAAGUAGCAAGCAAGACAGCUUCUCCUAGACACAAAACUGGGAACCAAGCUCACACGCAAAUGUUGCUAUUUUUCACUUUCACAUUUGCACUGAAAUCUUAGUGCCAGAUUGAGCAAGAUCACAAGCAGAGCAGAGAAGGCUACCAGUUGCCUCAGAAGGUCCUUCCUGAGAGGGCAAACACUGCAAUGAGAAGAAAUGAAGCAAUUUCACGGCAGGGAAAGCAGGGCUUAGGGCUUAAAAGGAAACAUUUGAAAACCCCAACCGUGCACGUUUUAUCAGAGCUGGCUGCGAAGGGACCCAAGGCAGACCCCACCUCGGGACACUCUUGCCUUUCUGCCUCUAACCAUGGGGAAAGGGUUCUAGAGGGGCUGGGCUGCCCCCAGAGCCGCGGGAUUCAGUGGGCAUCCACUCCUCAACUACACAAGGAGACCCUCUGGGGAAGUGGUAUUAUCCCUUCAUAUUUAUUUUUAACAUCCUU